AAAAAAUAGUGUGUUUUUUUCCCCCAACAACCAACCAACAGAAGCAGAGCCACCUCCUCUUAGGCCCUGUGGUUCCAGUUCGCCCGCACUCUGUUCGUCGAGGGUCGAACUGUGAAUUUCGAGUGACACUGCCAGUAGAUGGAGCCUCGUACUUCGAACCUGCUGGACGAGGCCAUAGGGUUUCACGGCCACGACAAACCUGACCCUCUGAGUGGUCGAUUCGUGCUUGUUGAAGACUGCAUAGAGACCUCUGGAGCUUUCGUUCUUCACCACCUCCUCAAGCGCUUCCUCUCUUCUCAUCCUGCUUCUGUCGUUAUCUUCCUUGCCUUCAAUCAUCCAUUUGCUCAUUACGACCGCAUCCUUAGAAAACUUGGUUGCAACUUAGCUUCUCAGAGAGAUAAUAGUAGAUUCUUUUUUGUUGACAUGCUUAUGUUGCAGUGUCCAGAUGAAGGAAAGCUCGCUAAAAAUUGGCUUGCUGCUUUGUUUGAGAAAAUUGAAGGAGUGAUCCACACAUUACACCCAGACAGCAAGAAUUUUGUUUCCAUCAUGAUAGAUGAUGUAUCCCUUCUUGAAGUGGCUGCUGAUGGCUCUUCAAAUGAUGUUUUAGACUUUCUGCAUUAUUGCUUGACUUUAACAUCAGAAUAUGAUUCUACAUUUGUUGCGCUUGAUCAUAAGGAUAUCUAUUUGAAUGGGGAGAGGCCGAUACUUAUUUUAGAAAUGGAGUACCUUGCAGACAUUUUGAUCAAGGUUGAACCAUUAGCCACAGGUUUGGCAAAAGAUGUGCAUGGGCAGUUGACAGUGAUGAACAAGGGCGCGCAAAAUCCUCGAACAAUCCCAUCAAUUAAGAUACGCAAUUUCCACUUCAGGAUCAAGGAAAAUGGUACAGAGUACUUUUAUGCUGGGACCAAAACCUAAUCAUCAUUAAAAUGCACGUGCGCAGCUGUUUACUUGUGAAAUUAGUAAAAAACUAAUGUAUUGUCUGCAUUGAGUUUCUUCCUUGUCCGGAAGUUGAGUUUUUAUAUACUUUAAGCGAUGAAAACUUUUUAUAUGCUUUUCCUUGAAUAUCCCAUUUUAUCAAACUCGUAUCUUUAGCAGGUAAUUGCAUCCAGAGUUCCAGCCUAGGUUAAAGAUAUAUUUGUGGAUUUUCUUGCUAAUUUGGUACAGCUGUACUUGUUCUGAGCUUGCAUUUUGGGUGGCUAGUGGUGUUCUUGUGCAUGCUCAAUCAUAUAAGCUUUUGUGGUUCCUUUGAUUGGGUAUUUAAUGGUUUACAUUGCGUUAUUAGUGAUA